AUGUCCAACGACAGUGGUCAAAGAAAGAAAGAGAGUGUAGAGGCAGUCGUCUACCUUGAUGAGCUUCGAGUCCGAGGCGAGAAUACUACCCCCAACCCGGAAUAUAUCCUCGGGAUUAAUGUUGCCAUCCAAGAUGCGCUUGGCAAAGGUACCGCUCACGACUGGGUGGAUAAGAUUGUUCGAAAAUGGAUUCCUCUGGUUGCUCCUGCUCAGAACAUGGAACCAUAUCACGACGAAAUCAUGCUUUCGUAA